AUGCUAAAAAUUCCAUUUUGGAAACGUUCCCUUGCUGAUCUAAGCACAAAUAAUUAUAAUUUAAAAGAGCCACAUUUUGGUCUUCUUUUUGAUAUUGAUGGUGUUUUAACACGAGGACGAAAACUACUACCGUAUACACGUGAUGCAUUUCGUAAACUUGUUACAACAUCGGGACAAUUUCGUGUUCCGACAGUAUUUGUUACCAAUGCUGGUAAUGAAUUGCGUUCAUCAAAAGCAGCUAAACUUUCACAAAUUCUCGGAAUUCCAGUUUCACCUGAACAAGUAAUCAUGUCACAUAGUCCAUUGAAAAUGUAUAGUGAAUUCCAUAAGAAACAUUGUUUAAUUAGUGGCCAAGGACCCAUAGCUGAUAUAGCGAAAAAUUUAGGUUUCACUAAAGUCACUACAAUUGAACAGUUAUGUGAUGCUUUUCCUAAUCUUGAUAUGGUCGAUCACAAGAAGCGACGAGGAUUUCAUUCUCCAUUUCGAGAUUAUUUUUUGCCUAUUGAGGCUGUUGUAUUAUUUGGUGAACCAGUUAGAUGGGAAACAUGUUUACAAUUAAUUAUCGAUGUUUUAAUGACCAAUGGAAAUCCUUCAUCACCUAUUAUUCGUCCACCGGUUUCACAUCUACCCAUUCUAGCGUCUAAUGCUGAUCUUCUAUGGAUGGCUGAAGCCGCUUUACCCAGAUUCGGACAUGGAUCAUUCAUGUAUUGCUUGGAAAAUUUAUAUAAAAAAAUUUCUGGUCAUCCUUUGCAAUAUACAGCCAUCGUUGGUAAACCAAGUGAAAUUACAUAUUACCACGCUGAAUAUCUUAUAUCUCGGCAUGCAUAUGAACUUGGCUAUAAACAACCAAUAAAACGUAUUUAUGCCGUUGGCGAUAAUCCCGAUACGGAUAUAUUCGGUGCAAAUGUGUACAAUCGUUAUUUACAAACUCGAGCUUUAUCGAAACUAAAACAAGUUGUUACGCAAACAGCAGCUGUUAGUUUAACAGCGAAUUCAACACGAAUACUUGAUACCAAUGCAUGGACACAUUCGAAUGCCGUUGAACUAGUUGCUAAUGAUGCUGAACAUUAUUACUCAGCGGAAAAUAUUCAAUCCAUACUUGUAUGUACAGGUGUAUAUAAUCAAGAAGCCUAUGAUGAAACAUCAAGCAUUAAUCAUGGUCAUCGUGAUAUGAUUAUUGAUCCUGAACUUAAAAAACCCAAAUAUACAGUUGAACAUGUUUUAGAUGCGGUCAAACUUGUUUACGACAUCGAACAGUUUCAUUAG